AUAUAUAAAAAAUUCCAAUAGCAACCUUACUUUUGUGUUGAUAUAUAAAUGCAAACGUCAUUACAAGUGCAGUGUAAACGCAAACAAAGCGGCCGAAGAGCACAAGUGAUAAGAAAAAUAAUUCAACGUGAACAGAAAAAUCUGGCUCGCGACAGAAGCAACAAAUAUACAUACAUAGAUAGAAAUCUGAAACGAUUUUAGCUUGUCAAAUAAAUCGCAGAAAAGUGUAAUUUAAAUAAAUGAAUUGUCAAUUAUAAAAAGUUCACAAAGGAAGCAGAUGGCUUAAGAAUAUCGACAAACUGCAAAAUCUGUUGAAGGCGAUUGGGAGUGUGUGGCUUGGAGUUGUAAGCGGGUCACUUGAAAAGUGUUACCACGCGAAUAUGGCCAAGUCCAUUGGCCAUUGGAUGAAAGGUUGCCGUAGCAGCUGUUGCAGCAGUAACAAGAGGCCCCCACAGCCCCCUCAGUGAAGUAACGCACAAAUGUAUGUUGACAUCAUCGUCUGUCGCCGCAGAUUUUUAUGCUUGCCAUCAGACAGAAGCACAUAAUUGCAAUUUUUCAAUAUAAACGGAACACGUCGGCGUACAGUUGCCGUCGCCUCUUUAACACAUCUUCACUCGUUGCUUGUGUUAAUUAAAUAAUAUUAAAGUUGCUGGCGGCGCUGUUGUUGUCCACGAUUGUGCGAGAUUCUUUAUAGUAUUCUAUGCGUUUAUGUGUGUGUGUGCGUUAUUGCUCUGGACGCGUCGCCAGCAGGUCUGUUACGACCCUCCACCGACCACCUCCAUAACAACAGUAGCAGCCAGCAACGAAAGAAAAUGCAUUUUACGUGAAUUUCCUGCUGAAUUAAUCGACAUCAACGAAAUCAACGCCUACUUCCUACGUCUCGUAGCGACUAGGGCACCUAAAAAGACAGCGUGACGUCAGGUCGAUUAGAGAACAGAAGCAAAGACAGUCAGAGAUGGCCGCCCCGUCAACGCCACAAAACUACAAAGUGCCCUCCACGAGUAAAAUUUCCGUCGAUAAGCUGCUGCGCGUUGGUUACUAUGAGCUGGAAAAGACCAUUGGCAAGGGAAAUUUCGCGGUUGUCAAAUUGGCCACGAACAUUGUAACCAAAACUAAGGUUGCCAUCAAGAUUAUUGACAAAACAUGCCUAAACGAGGAAUAUCUGAGCAAAACAUUUCGAGAGAUUUCAAUACUGAAAUCGCUGCGCCAUGCACACAUUACGCGCCUGUACGAAGUUAUGGAAUCGCAGUCCAUGAUCUACUUGGUCACAGAGUAUGCGCCCAAUGGCGAGAUAUUCGAUCAUCUGGUGGCCAAUGGGCGCAUGAAAGAGCCCGAGGCGGCACGCGUUUUCGCUCAACUCCUUUCGGCCGUACAAUACUGUCAUCUGCGUGGUGUCGUGCAUCGCGAUCUCAAGGCGGAGAACGUGCUACUCGAUAAGGACAUGAAUAUCAAACUGGCUGACUUCGGUUUCAGCAAUCACUACGAAGAGGGUUCUCCGCUGCGCACUUGGUGUGGCUCUCCGCCCUAUGCCGCACCAGAAGUAUUUCAAGGACUGGAGUAUGAUGGGCCAAAGUCAGACAUCUGGAGUCUAGGUGUCGUGCUCUAUGCGCUUGUCUGUGGCGCUCUGCCCUUCGACGGCAAAACUAUUUUGGAGCUGAAAAGUCGCGUGGUGCAGGGAAAGUUCCGCAUACCAUUCUUUAUGUCCCAAGAUUGCGAACAUCUUAUACGUAACAUGCUCGUGGUGGAGCCCGAUCGUCGGUACACGCUCAAACAGAUCAUGAAGCAUCGCUGGCUAAGCGAAUGGGUUGAUCAAUUGGAGGAUUAUGGGGAGACAAUGACGGCAGCGAUGACCACGACAUCAAUGCCCUUGGCAUUGUCCUCAUCGGCUUUUGGCAGCGCCAGCGCCUCCAACAUGUCCGCGUCCACCUCCUCCCUGCCGUACAGUGCAACACAUUCCGGUACCGCCACUCCAAUUAUGCGGAGCGGCAGUAGCAGCAGCUUUAGCGGCUUUGGUCAGACUGGUGUCGAUAUGGCGUCCGCGACAUCAACUUCUGUGCCACAACUGGACUCUGUUGUCAUGACACACAUGCUCCAGUUGCCUGGUUUAACCGCCGACAUGAUUGCCCAGUCAGUGCACGAACAGCGCUUCGAUAACAUAUAUGCCAUAUAUAACUUGCUGCACGACAAGCUGCAGCAGAAACGACGCGAAAGCCAAAGACUGCAACACCAUGCCAAUCUCGCAUAUUCCAGAUCGCGCCAGACCAGCAUUACAACGGGCGUUGUGGAUCGUUCUGAACCCGUGAAACAGGAAUCUCUCGAUCGGUUGAGUCCACUUACCAAUGCGAAUGCUUCCAGUACAACGCUGGGCUUUGGCUGGACUGACGUGGCCGUAGAUUUAGAAAAGUUUGGCGAUCUAGAGCUCGAAUGCAUGGCGCGAACAAACGAGCCUGCCAGCAGCAAUCCACAGCAGUUGAACGCCAACGCAGGUGGCAUCAACGGCACAAAUACACGACGACACACGGUGGGGCCGGGAGAUGUGGCACACGAACAGGCACUAGCCAAUCCCCACGGUGUACCUCCCAUAGACUUCAAGUGUGCUCCGCAAUGCAAUGAGCCCCCUACGCCAUACUAUCCAAUAAAUCUGCCGAUGUUGCAGAAUCAGCCUCUGCAAAAUCUCACCAUAAAGGAUCAGCAUUUGCUCAAACCGCCCGUGGUCAUGGGUGCCAGUUCAUUUGGACGACGUGCCUCGGAUGGUGGUGCAAACCUGCAUAUUUACUAUCCCACAUCAAUAAGUAAUAUGCCAGCUGCACCUGCACAACAAAUGGACACCUCCAACUACUACAUAAAUCCAAAUUUGAACGCUGCCACAGGAGUGCCUAAGGAUCUGCCGCCGCUGAACGAGCAGGGCCAGCCCCUAAGUCCCAUGCAGUGCUCAACUGGGGAAAAGAAUGGCGAGGAAUGCAGCGAGGAGAUACAAAUCUACAUGCAAAAGCGCGGCUGCGUCAAACGCCACACCGUUGGCUGCACCGACGAUCUUGCAGUUAGCCACAGUCCCGCAGAAAUGAUCCACUUGCAGGUUUCUCCGGGAACCCAAGGACAAGGGCAAGCGACUUCCGGUGGUGGUAAUAUGCGCACCAGACGCACAGGACUGCCCACCGUCACAGAGAGACCGCCAGUAAUUUGUCCCGAGCUUAUACGGGAAGUCGAAUCUCGCAUGAAUCGCAAUUACCUGCCACCCACGCUGAAGUCGCUGAGCCAAUCCCCGCCCCAAUCUCUGCUGGGUGCAGCUGGUGGGUGCGGUGGUGGUGCUGGCGGCGCAAGUAGUAGUCACGGGUCAUUGCUGCAGCACCAAUCGGUGGCCUCAGUGCCGCUUGUGUCGCCUGCAUCUGCGGCCAACAACAGGCGCGCUUAUAAUUAUCGUGUGGCCCACAGUAAGCUGCCCACUGUGCAGGAAGGUGCGACCGUAGGACGUUACAGUCCCGUGCGUCGUGCCUCCGAGGGCUCCAAGUGCCAGUUUCAAGGACCGUUGCAGGAGUGCCAGUCCCUGCAGAAAGGUAUCGCUCAGAGAAAUUUUUUGGUUGCACCUAGUCCGCCGCUUUUAGAAAAUUCGGCCAGUUUGCCCGGUUCACCCAUCCAUGGCAAGCCCACAGGCUUACAAAUGCCUUUGCGGCGCGGGCCGGAUAUUGAGGUACCGCCGGAGGCAAUCAAGAAUUUGAUCCCCGCCCUGGAACGUCUGGUGCAGGAGCAACGCAUCAGCUUUGUCGUAGCCAACAAAAUUAUCUCGACCAAUCAGGUGCCCAUUGAACUGGCCCCUCCGCUGGGACUGACAGCGCACGCCUCCAGUGCAAUUGUGUGCGGCGGCGGCGGUGGUGGGCACCUGGAUCUCCAGCACCACCAGCCGGUGCAUAGCAGCUACAAUAAUGUGGCACCAUUAAUGAUGCCCCAAACGGGGAAUGGCGCGCCCGGCGGGCCUUUCAAUGCGUCGCUGACGACGGCUAAGCAAAUGUUCGGCCAACCCAUAUGUGGCUAUCAGUAUCAGCAACCUACUGUUCCAACGUUGCAGUCGCCACAGCAACAGGCUCCAUUACCCAUGGGCGGCACCCUGGUGGGUCAGUUUAGCAACAUCACUCUGGGUGCUGGCGUUGGUGCAAACAACAGCAGCGGCUGCCAGUCCCCCAUCUAUAAUAGCUUUGGAUGCAGCGCCUCGCCAAAUCCAUAUUCUUCGCAUGACACAAGCCACUGCAACUUCAAUCCGUGUGCCGGUGGCUCGUCGCCACUGCAUCAAAUCACCAAGGGCAUAUCGGGUUUAAGCACUGGCGGUGGUUCCAUCACACGUGGCACGUCGGCGGCCAGUGAGAGCGUCCAACCAUUGGACUUAUCCAUGGAAGUGUGCAGCGGCAGCGAACAAGCAUCGGACUAUGCCGCACCCAACUGGUUCUUGCCAACGGCCUCGCAAUACGAUCCAAAGCCGCUAAAUCUGUCGCCAGCGCAGCCUGUGCGCGUUGUAACCACCCCGCCCGCUUCUCCUAAUCUGUGUAUUAUUCAGGAGGAGAAUGGAAAUGGACAAACGUGCCACACCAUUACCACCGGCACGCCCUAUGCGGGCUGUACGGCCGGCAUAACGCCACAGAUUUGUCUGACCGAUGUGCAAGGAAGCGAAAUAACGCUGGUGGCGCUCUCUUCAGACACCAGUCGCGAUAGUGAGGACUCGCUGGAGCCACACACGCCCAUAAUGUCGCUGCAGGGUUUGAUUAUCACGGAGCCGAGCAGCGACAUGCCAUCGAUAACGCGAGGAAUCGGACGCAAGGCUAGCCUGGAUAACGAGCAUAAUCCUCCGCAUGGGGCGCCAUCCGUGCACGUAAAUGCCAAUGCGGCGACAACUGUGGCCGCGGCCAACUCGAGCACGGAGGCGCAUAGGCGUGGCAGUGACAAGUCACUUGGCUUCUCCGACGACUCCUUGAGCAACGACUCGAACAACUUGUCGCCCUGCCAGGAACCGUCGGCCAGCUCUGGCUUUAAAUCAGACUCACAUUCUGAAAUGGGUGACCAUACAGAGUGUGGCCAUCUGACCCCUGAUUCUAUGUGCGAUUCCCGACGCAUGUCCGACGAGAUGUGCUAUGAAGUUCCGCUGCCACACGAAUGUUCCAACUUAGACUCAACGCGCAUUCUUGAAAUGGUCAAACAAACCAUCGACUCCACCAUGCCACCCAAGGGUUCUGUGCUACACAAGGGCAGCAUCUCGUCGGAGGACAGUGGUGUUGAAUCCCGCCACUGCAGCACCUCGUCCUGCACCAAGUCAGCGACUACCGUCAACGAGUCGGCAGAGGGGGGAGCUGUUGAUCUGCCAACGACAAAUCUUAGUCUGGAAUACUCAGGCGGUCUGCAGAUCGAGCUGCAGGUGUGCGAGGGACGCAGUCGCGAUCACCACGGUUCGGCCAAAGGCAUCAAAUUGCGUCGCAUCUCGGGCGAUCAGUUCGAAUAUGGAAAGAUAUGUCAGCAACUUAUCAGCACCAUAACUAUGCAGCAGGUGGCUGGUUAAGGAGGAGUUGCGUGUGUGUCUGUGUUUCUACUACAAAAAUUAUGACUUGCCUAAAACUUUCGUAGCUGUGAUUAAAGCCGUUAUGUGUGUAUGCGUGCAAACAAAAGUUUGUGUAUGAAAGUAUGUAUGUAUGUGUGAAAGACUUGCAUUAUCCUUGGCCCAGUUGUAGAUGCAUUGUGUAGCUAACUGUAACUGCAAAUGAAAGAAACCCCAUUAGAAUCGGUUUAUAAAAAUACAGCCCGACAACAAUAUUAAAUCGCAUGCUUAUGUACCAUAAAUGCAUAUAUAUAUCUAAUAAAUAUAGUGUAUUUCUUUAGAAGAGUUUCUUAAAAAGUUUGUUCAAAUUUUAUAUUCUUAAAUUAAAAAUAGGGGAUUUUAAUCAAAAUUUUAUUAUUAUUACCAGCACAAGUACCUUUGUAUAUUCAAGUAGCAAGCAGUGAACACUAACUAACUAUAUCAUCUUUUUGAAUCUAUAUUGCUCAUUGAUUUAAAAAAAUUGUAAUAAAGCACCAUUAAUAUAUACAUAGUAUACCUAUGUACAUAUGUUUGUGUGUGUAAAAAAAUCUAUAAACACAAACGCAAAUUUUAUAAGACAAACAAUAUUAAUGGUUAUCUACAAAUAAUUUGUAUUUUUUCACUAUUUUCUCGGUUGCGCAUAGUUCCAACUGUUUACAUUUUGUUUAAAACGGCACCAAAAUACAUUCCAGUAGCAAAAAUGUUGUCGAUUUUGUUAAGUACACGUUUCAUUGUAUUUCUCUAGUUAGAAUUAGGGAGCGUUGUGGUUUUACUGUAAAAAUGCACGCGCUUUAAAAUUGUUCACUAAGAUUUUCCUUAGUCGAAACACCAGUUAGGCACGCAAACGCAAUUCGCUUCGCGUUUACUCCAGAUAUGUGAAGGAUAAUAUAUAUAGAGAUAUGUACAUAGAUAGCAUUAAAUAUUAGUUUUGUGCAAUCCGAUAAAAGAAAUUGACAUCAUUUAAUUAUAAUCUUCUUCUGCAAUAAAAAUAAUUGAUUGUUUGUAAGCAGCAAUUUGCUCCGUUAAUUUUAAGCUUAGCUAAACACUUUCAAUUCCAUUAUACAUCUUAUGGUAUUGUUACGUAAAAUAAAUCCUUGAUUUUUCGAUACAGUUAAUUCUAAGCUCGAUUCCUUCACAAUUCUAAUGGUAUUGUGUGUGUAAAGAAAAACGUAGGGCGUUCUAUACAAUUGCGUUGUGUUUAGAUGAAGCGCCGGCGAUACAAAUUACUACUUAUUGUUUAAGCGAAUAUUGAGAAAAGAAAUCUAUUUUUAAAAGACUGCUGUGAUUUUACAUGUAAAUACUUAUUUUAAUGAACGGAAAUCAACAACAAAAAUGUAGUUAUAUAAUUACAAAUUUCAACUAUCUAAAAUAAAUUACCAAUUCUCUAAGCAUCAAA